AUGUUGAAGUUGUAGAAAUCAGCUGUUCAAAAGUUAAUAAAAAUGAAUUGAUAACAACUGAUUUUUUCAUAAUGUAAAGUAAAACUUUCCAAGUUUGAAAUCGAAGCGUUGUUUAUUACCGGAGAUGUCCUAGAUGUCGUGGAUUUAUAUAUUUUCCCAGGAAUCUAAAAAUUGAUCAAAUUGUUCGAUGAGAUUUGUAAUUUCGGCAAUACUGCAAUUGCAACGAUACGGUACACUGAAUAAAUCGCCGAAUUGGUUAGAACGCCAACUUUUGAUGUUGAAUAUACGGAUCAGCAUGUAAGGGCGAAUUCGCAGCUGUCAAAUUUAUUAACCACAGUUUCUUAACAAACUUUUAAGAGUGAUUGAGGUUGUCAUUCUUCCUCGAAAACUUCUAAUCGCAGACUAGAAAGAUAAACUAUUUCGAUUUUGCGAACAAAUGAAAGUAUUCAUGCUAACCUGCUUGUGAGCACCCACUCGGGGCAAAGGAGGUGGGUUGGAACGAGGAUGCUUUUUACUGCACUUAACUCUUGAUGCGACUUGCUGUGGUUGUAAUAUACGAACGCAGCCAUAUUGUGUUAGUGCUGCAUAAUAAAUUUAGAUUUAUAAAUUUGUGAACAAAUGAUGAGUAUGGAGGUCUCAGAUCAGGAAGAAGAGGAAGUGGAGGAAGUUAUGGAGGCAGAAAUCGUUAGCCUAACACUCGAUCCACCUCCGGCCAACGCUGCUACCGUUUUGCAUCAACAUCAUAUCCAUCACAGUCACCAUGGGCAUGGGCCUAAUUGCAUUGACCAUAGCUGCCUUAAUAAUUCUAGCAAAAUUGUGGAUAAUCCGUCUCUUGCGCUGCAAAGUAUGAAGCAGGGGGAAGUUAUUGACAGAGAAAGCAGCGAAGCAACGAAUAAUGGUGGAGCAAAUCUUAAGGAGCUUAACGAGCAGAAUUCAAAUGAUGUUUCUUCUUCCCCAAAGUAUGUUGAUGAGGGAACUAAGUUCACAUUACAGCCAUCCCCAACAGAACAAGAUUCCCAAAAAGUAGUGCCAAGUUUUGAACUCGGGAAUGCUACAACACUGUUAGAUAACAGUGUAGAACCAAUUGCUGGUAAAUCUAUAAAAUCGGAGGUAUUACCCAAAAAAUCGUCUUUUUCUUGUUUGAAAUCCAGGAAAUUAGGCACUGGAGACGAACAGAACAAAACUCGCAAAAAUGUUUCAUUUCCUGCAGAUGGGAUAAUGGUAACUAUGAAGGUAGAUCCAGUGGAUCCGUGGAGAAAUGCAAAGGUUGCCACAAGUGCAGAAGUGAUAUUUGAAUACAAAAAGAUCUGCAAACAAACAAGAACUAAAGUAGUGGAAAAUGUUGUCAGGCAACUGCAGGACCUUCCAGACCUGUCUACUAGAAUUGCUACUUUGUCACUAAAAGGUGUGAAGCUAGACAGUAAAUCAUGUGAGGCCCUAGAAGCUGUCUUCAAGAGAGUUAGAUUUGAAGUAAUUGAUUUUGAAAACUGUGGCCUAGAAGAGGAGGGUGCAACAGCUCUUUUAGAGAUGAUCGAAUUUUACCAAAGUGCGUGCAAACUUAGCGUUGCUAUGAACCCGAAAAUGGGGGCACGUGGCUGGCAGACACUGUGUCGAAUGCUUCGCAAAACGCCAUGUUUACAUUCAUUAGACGCACGGCGCACCAUGCUGACUGAUCAAACGAUGCCAAUGUUUGGAAGAUGCCUCAAAAUGGAUCCGCAUUUGAGAACAUUACAUCUGGAAGGAGUGUUUUUAAGUGGAAGACCUCUACUUAUUCUGACAACUGCACUGAAAUACAACACGUUUUUAGAAGACCUAUAUCUGGGAGACAACGACCUGCAAUCGGCAGAUGGUGUUUCGAUCGGAACAAUGCUGAGUGCAAACAAAACACUCCAGCUACUCGACUUAAGAAAUAACAGUUUCAGGGAUGCUGGUUUGGUACACAUCGCAAAUGGGUUAACAGACCAGGCCAACUUCGAUUCUGGAGGAUUGGCCUCCAUUGUUCUUUGGAACUUAGGACUAACACACGAAGCAAUGUUUGGGUUUUGUAAUGCUUUGGCGAAAUCGAAAAGUCUCAGGUCAUUGAAUCUAGGCCAAAAUCGACUUAGUGACCUAGGGAUACAGAAAAUCAAACCUGGUCUCAUUAGAAAUAGAUCGUUACGUAAACUUGGCUUGCUGAAUACUAGAAUCAGCAAUGAAGGUGCUGUUGCAUUGGCUGAAAUUCUUGCUGACAGCAUUUCAUUGUCAAGAAUAGAUGUUAGAGAAAACAACAUUCAGAUUGCUGGGCUGAUGGCAGUAUCUUUAGCAUUGAAAGUCAAUCAUUCCCUGAUUAGAAUCGAUCUGGAUAAAGAGCUGAAAAAGGAGCCAGGCCUAGAAACGGUACAGCAGUCCGUUUUGGCGGAUAUUUAUAACUUUUGUCAUCGAAACAAGCAACUUGCUCGCGAAACAAUAUCUCGGGAGAGUUCAACUAGCGAGGACAGCGAAUCUCUUGUGAGUCAAGAAUUCAGCGAAAAGGAAUCAGACGAUGAACGUAGCGAUAAUUUGGAUGAUUUUUCAAGGAAUCAACAGAUUUUAUCAACAUUACAAACGCUUGCAUCCAAAGAGAGACAAAAACAAGAUGAUCCACCAAGCCACGCCACUGUGGCCCCAAACCACGCCACUGUGGCCCCAAGCCACGCCACUGUGGCCCCAAGCACUAUCUACAAACCAACCUUAGCCGAUGCCCACAAGAAUUCAGUUACCCCGAAGCCUAGGUUUACCAUAACGAGGUUAGUAGAAACUAUAGGGAAUGCAUCUGCUGGUGUCGCCAAUAAAAUUGCAAGUGUAAGAAGUGACCAUUCAGCUAAAAGCCCCCAAAACCAGGAUACUAAACCCCCUGAGAGCAAAGAUCCCAGUCAUCUGGCCAAUGACGGUCGAAAGGAUUCCCCGUGGAAAAACCUGCAGCGUCAGACUGGCAUCGAUGCUGCUGAGGGUUUGCAAAAUGACGAAGAAGCAACACCAACAGUUGACUUCAGCAAUACAGAUAGAGAUUUGGGAGAAUUGUAUCGCAGACUUCAAGACGGAAAGGUUGAUAUUAUACAAGACCAAUUUACCGAAAAUUCACGAGCAAUAAUUGAAAAUAAAGUCGAUAAUCACAUAGAGAAGAUGCAGUUUCCUGGCAAAGCCAAAAAACUUAAUGACGUCAUUAGAGAUAAAAGAACUGAAGUCGAUGGAUCUUCCUUAGAUGACAAAAGCACAACAAAUGAUUUAACUGGAAUUGAAACAACCGGGAAUUUUUCUGGAAAUACCAAUGGCCAAGUAGGUAUAGAGUAAACUGAUUGUGUAAGUAGUAUUUUACAAAAUUGUUUUUCUUCGCAAAAUGAUUUAUUUACCCUGUUCAAAUUCUUAUUGAUUCGAUGAAUGACCGGCGUACACCAGUGAAAUUUUAGGAUAUUAAUGGAUUCAGGUAUUUGUUGCAAGUUCCGAAUAUGCUAAGAAAGAGGAAUUUUGUUUCCCGUAAGUCAGUUACGUUAGGAAAUUUAAAUGAUGCAGACGGAGAGUUGAAACCGAAGAUGAUUUUAAUCCAUUAUAAGUUUCGUUUCGUUAUGAUCAAAAAAAACUUUAAAGAAAUGCUAUUAGUGGUUGAUCUUUUGCAUCUCCCCAUAUGUUUUUAACCCUAUGUAGACAGCUAAUUUGAGACACAGCCAAGAUUUAGACGACCUGGAAAAAACUUUGAUGGUUUGUGUACACAAGCUCUUACUUCUAUCUUCAGAGAUAUUUAGCUCUUUAACAUUUUCAUGAUUUUUUAGCUCUGAAAUAAAAAGCCAAAUGUCCUCAGUGGCUUUGGCUACCCUCUAUGUUAUUUGUUUCUGGGACAUUACUUGACAAGUGAAAGCAAAAUAUUAUGAUAUAUCCCUUCUACGUAAUUUUUUCUCAAUCCAUGUUUUACUCGCACUAAUUGUUGUGUAAUUGUAGAGUCGUAAAUGGACUAAAAAACGAAUGUUAGUAUUUGCUACUGAUCGAUUCUUUGUAUGUAAAUUGGCAAAUUUUCUCAUGUCAAGUAGAACCAGAUAAUGUCAAGGUACUUUGAUGUGUUUAAUAUCAGACAUGUAUUGUCAUUCACCUAUUUGGUAUUGCAUGAAAGGCAUAGUCAAGAUUACCUUCUCAUGAUUACCUUCUCAUGACAAUAGUAAGUCCGUACAAAGCAACGCAUCACAAAGCUGUAUCUUCAAACUUCACUUAGGGAAAACAAUGACUGGACUGCAAAUUUAUUCAUGAAAGAUUACAACUACGAAGUUAAAACUUCACAAAAUAAAAAACCUCAGCAAAAAGUCGCUGAGAUUUCAUAAUAUUUACCUUAGUGAACUUCCCUUCCCCCUCUUUUUAUUUUUAUUAUCGGGGUAAAAGUGAUAGGUUCGUGAAGGUAUUUUCAGGUGCAAUUCUUUCGUUGCAACCAAGGUUGAUUUUUAUGGGCAUUUCAGCAUUUAUUUCACGAUUAAACGCCCGAAGAUCCAAUAUAACUCAUGCCAAAGAAUAUGGGUUUCGAUAAAUUGCGUAGACAUUAAAAUGAUUAAUUCAUUAUCGUCAGAAAUGGGUUGUCGGAGAUUCCUGUAUACCAUUGAAAUAUAAGAAAAUGAGUGAAGUCGAACAUAUCUUAAUUUUAUAUUUUACUGUAUAUAAUUUUUCAUUUCUUGAAUCGCUUGAAAGGCGAAUAGACAGGGGCUUUAAAAACAAGGAUGUUAGAUUGAAUUGUUCCCAAAAGAUCGAUUUAUAGCACUCUCAACGUCUAUUUUAAUUUUUUAUACUCUGUCAGUUUUUGUUGCACUUUCCCUUUAAACUUCUUUAACCUCUCAUUCCUUGGUGCUUCUUCUAACUGGAUGUAAUUCUAGCAUCGGGACAACACAUCUAGCAAAUAGGCCGUGACUCUCCCUUGCGUAAAAUAAUUUUUUAAAUCGAUCCUUUUGACUCUAAACAUAGCUUUUAUUGUUUCAGUAACAUGAUGGGUAACAUUAGUAAUAUUGCUUAACUCAAGAUUUUGUACAUAUUUAAGUAGAUUUUCGUUUCAUAUUGAUGAUGAUCGCAGGAUGUUGCCAGCUGUUUGUCUUUUUUCUGUCAUUUUUCUUUGGCAUUUGACUAAAAUAAUGUUAUAAAACCAGACGACGAUUCCUUCAUUGGCAUAAUCAUCAACUGUGGAUUUAGUUUUCAAGAUUACCUUUACCUUAGGUGGUGGAAGCUAUCAUAUUUUAACUGCGUUUCAAAAAAAGUACAUAGAAAUAAGCUGCUGCAAGACUACAUAGCAUGAUUACAGCCAAAGGGGGGG